ACAUGUCAGAGUGGCAUACCGUCUUAGCUGCUUGUGACUCCAGUCUCUUCCAAUAGAGGUGAAGAUUUCGUUACUCUGCAAUCAAAUUAUACACACAAAACCCUAACAUUUUCGAUCUCCAUAUUUUCUCUCAUCAAUUCCUUUCUCGAUUAAUUAGAAAUUGGGAACCCAUUCAAUCUUCAAUCUUUUCUAUUGUCUUGAUUCGAUUUUCACAGAGCAAAAAUUCAUUCAGCUUCUUCAAUCAAUCGCUUGAAAGAAUACAAAUAAAAUCAAGUAAGAAUGGAUAUGGACGAAGAGGAUUUCGUGUUCUUUGGUACUCCGAUAGAGCGUGAGGAAGAGCUUACUAGCCGCAAGAAGAAAGCCGUCGCUGAGGCCUCUGGUCACCUCCGAACCCUCCCUUCUUGGAAGCAAGAGGUUAGAGAUGAAGAAGGACGAAGAAGAUUGCAUGGAGCAUUUACCGGGGGAUUCUCUGCUGGUUAUUACAAUACUGUGGGCUCAAAGGAGGGCUGGACUCCUCAAUCUUUUACAUCGUCCCGGAAAAACAGAGCUGAAGUUAAACAGCAAAGCAUUCUUAACUUCUUAGAUGAAGAUGAGAAAGCUGAAUUGGAAGGCCAAUCUUUAGGGACAUCAUCACAGUUUGACACAUUUGGAUUUACAGCUGCUGAAUAUGCUCGUAAACAAGCUGAGAAGGAACAACAACAGAGGCCAUCAGCUAUUCCUGGACCUGUUCCUGAUGAAAUACUUCUUCCAGCCACAGAGUCUAUUGGUGUAAAAUUGCUGCUGAAGAUGGGAUGGAGACAUGGUCAUUCAAUCAAGGAUCUACAUGCAAAUUCACAGUAUGAUGCUCGUAGAGAAGCUAGAAAAGCUUUCCUAGCAUUUUCUUCUGAUGAUGCAAAAGCACAUUGUACCAAGUCUGAGACUGGUGAGGAUUACCUUGGAAGCGUAGAGCAGUCUAUUAACAAUGAUGUUCAGACUUCUCAAAGCACCCCUAUUUUUGUUCUCAACCCAAAGCAAGAUAUGUAUGGUUUAGGAUAUGAUCCAUAUAAGCAUGCUCCUGAGUUCAGAGAGAAGAAAAGAUUACGUGCAUCUGAUCACAGAGGGCCUGGGAAUAAAAAGGCUUCAUUAAUGAGAGAUGGUCUUUUUGGAUUCAAGUCAGGAAAGGCUGCUCCUGGCUUUGGCAUUGGAGCACUUGAAGAAUAUGAUGCUGAAGAUGAGGACGUCUAUGCAUCUGCUUAUGACUUUGAAGAAACUUUUGUACAAGACCAAGAAGUUGAAGAGCCACCAAGACCCAGCACAGACCAUCAGCCAAAAUUGGCCUGGAAGGAGCAAGGUGUUCUUCCCGGAUUCAGAGUUGCAUCAAAUUCUGAUUAUGCAUUGGAAAGAUUUGAUCCUCCCAAAAUUCCGAAGGAUUUUGUGCCCCAUCACAAAUUUCCUGGUCCCCUUAAUGCUGAUGACAAGCACACUAUUCCUCCUCCACCGGAGGUUCUGCCUCCUGUUGACAAUAAUAUGAAGCUCUUAAUUGAGGGGGUUGCAACUUUGGUUGCUCGAUGUGGUAAAUUAUUUGAGGAUCUUUCCCGAGAGAAAAAUCAAUCAAAUCCAAUAUUUAGUUUUCUUAAUGGAGGAAAUGGUCACGACUAUUAUGCUAGGAAGUUGUGGGAGGAACGGCAGAAACGUAAUGAUCAGAAGAAUCUGGCUUUGGAUGGGAAAUUAUCUACAAGUGUUCAGACAAUGACUGCAGAGACCCGUGGCAAAAUAUUAGGGGAGAGGCCUUUAGAAAGAAGCUUGAAAGAUUUCAGCUCAUCUGUUGUUUCUGCAGAUGUUAAUCUUCAGUUCAAUCUUUCAGAUACAUUUACAAAACCUGCAUCUUUUGGUGGGUUGCCUGCAGUGGAAAAACCUUUCAAAGAUGAUCCUGCAAAGCAAGAAAGAUUUGAGAGGUUUCUCAAGGAAAAGUAUCAAGGAGGGCUUCGUUCUAUUGAUUAUAUUGGAGCUAGCAAUAUGUCAGAAGCAGCUCGUGCUAAAGAGAGAUUAGACUUCGAGGCUGCUGCUGAGGCAAUAGAGAAAGGGAAGUGUAACAAGGAAAGUAAAUUCUCUACUCAACAGUUGGAGUUUUCAGCUGGCGGAGGGAUGCAGUUUACUUCUGCUGGAUUGGAGCAAGGUAAAGAUGCACAUGCUGAAGAUUUCAUGGCAAGGAAGAUUUACCCUAAAAGGGAAGAAUUUCAAUGGCGUCCUCUACCUGUUCUGUGCAAGCGCUUUGAUCUAAUUGAUCCUUAUAUGGGAAAGCCACCGCCACCUCCACGGAUGAGAAGCAAGAUGGAUUCCUUAAUAUUCACAUCAGAUUCUGUCAAAGCCACGAAAUUGGAAGAAAAUGUUACUGCAAAUAGAGAUCAAGUUUCUCUUCUUCAAACUGACUCUCAAAUAAGCAAAGAUGUAGCUGAUGGGGAAAAGGAAGUUGAGGUGCAAGUGGAAAAUGUGGAGAGGCCUGUUGACCUUUACAAGGCUAUUUUCUCCGAUGAUUCUGAUGAUGAGAUUGAAGCCCCUACUGUCAAUAAAGGGGAGGAUCCUGAGAAGAAGGUUGAAGUGGCUCAUACAACAUUAAAUCGUUUGAUAGCAGGUGACUUUUUAGAAUCUUUGGGGAAAGAACUGGGGCUAGAGGUUCCCCCUGAAGUUUCCUACUCAAUGAAUAAAACCAGAACUUCUGCUUCCAAGAAUGAAUCUGUUAUUGCCAAUGCUGGGAAUAUGAAUAACCUGUCAGUUGAAAAUAUGGUAUCUUCCACUCCUAAUGAUUAUAGCUUAAGCGCUAGAAAUAAGGAGGUUCUGUAUAACCAGGAGGGUGCUGAAGGGACUGAAUCCCAAAAGAAUGAAUCCAUUCAAGGUAACCCACAGGGUGAUAGCAGUAGGUAUGUGGAACCUGCUCCAUCUGAUAAUAGAUCUGGCAGGACUGGUUUUGAAAAGAUAGCUCAAGAGGAUAGGAAGGUUAAAUCCCUCCCUAGUCGGCAUCGAAAACGAAGCAGCAGUUCAUCAGACGGUGAAAGGACCAGGAAAAGUUCAAGGAGACAUGGGUAUAGCAGUAGUUACUCGUACAGUGAUUCAUCCAGUGAUGAUCAAAAUCGUUACCAUUCUAGGUUGAAAGGAAGAAAGAAAGGAUCCUCCCGAGAAAAGAGCAGCAGCAGAAAGCAUUCAAAACAUCAUAAGCACAGAAGCCGGGACUCUUCUGGCAGAUCUCAUUUCAGUACUGAAAAAGAUAGAGCAGAAUCCAAAAGAGAGAAGCGAAAAUGGAGGGAUUGAAUUUCCUUGCAUUAAAUUACAUCUUGGGAAAUCUCUCCAUGAAAUCUUUUGUGGAAGAAAUCAAUAAGACAGAUUGUGCGCUUUAGCUACUUCUGAGGCUUCUCAUAGCACAUUGGUUUGCUGGAACUAAAAUGCACAACAAUUAUUUAGUUUCAACAUUACAGCAAAAAAAACUUAAGACAUUGGCCUCAGUGGAGAGGGGCAAAAGGGAAUAGGAAAGGGGUGGGAGCGAACAAGGGAGUAUAUGUAGUUUUUUGAUCAAAAGUUCCUAUUAGCUUUCUGUUGUUAGCUUCACUUAGCUACUGAAGACCAGCAUUGAUGAUAUGCUGAACUAUCUAGCACACCAGUACUAUUUUGAACAUUGAAUAUGUAUGAAAAUGGAAGCAUGAUAGGAAAGGUUUGCCCAGUUUCUCCUGUAUUUGAAUGAUCUUGUUUUAUUUAUCAAGUUUGCAUCAGCUUUCUCCAAUGCAAAGAGGAUGGUGCAAAAUUAUCUUUA